AUGUCAUCCGGAUCAAAAGAGUGCCAAACCAUCAAUCUACCUGGGACGACAGACCAACCCAGAACAGAGCCAGAUUAUCUCCUCGAUGCCCGCAGCACAGCAGUUUUACCCCAACUCCAGGAUAAUGACCUGUUGAAGAUUGUAAGACCAUCUUGCAUCCUCAGAGCCAAACUUACCAAAAUUCAGGUAGUCGAUCACGAAGAGGACACCAUCGAGUUCGAGGAUCACAUCAAGAAUGUAGCACCCGAAGAUCUUGCUGCAUACUUUGACGCUCCCGGAAUAAAGAAGUUUGCGUUUUAUCGCCAUCCUGGCUCUGCUGUCAUCUUGAUCUGGACACGUUUCCCUGCUACAGCAUCAACGAAGAACGCACGUGUUCAGCACCGUGUGAGGAGGGAUUUGACUUGGUAUGCUGAGAAAGCGGACAUCAAGAAUGUGGCUACGCUUGAAGUGCAGUCGCAGAAGGAUGUUACUGUUGGACGCCUGAAGGAAGCGGCUGACUCGUUAACGGCUAGCAAGGAGUGA